CUUUUCUAUGCGAUUAUAUAGACGGAUAUACGUUCUGAACAUUCUUUCUGUCGCUUGCUUUCCGUCGCCAGAAUCUCGUUGCACAUACCUCAGCGUUGUCAGUCUCUAGUCCUGUCCCAGCAAGAUCUCAAUCAUGCUUCGGUACCUGCAAAAAACGGUCCAGGUCAGACGCAGUAGCUCAAGACAAAUCUCUCGCAGAAUGGAUCUUGAUUUAGUGACUAACCAGACGUUUGUUGCCAAGACGACCAGCUGGUGCGCUGGCUCAGCAUCUUCUACCUCACAUGAGACCGUCAAGAUAUUUUCGGAGGAACAUCCUUACCCUGGAAGAGAACCGCGAAUGAGGACAUCGCCGCAGUGUGAUAUCUGUAUGGACUUAGACCUCGCAGACUUUUCACUAUUGAUACGUUUCCACAAAUUAGCAGAAUUUUUGGGAUCUGGAUGUCCCGCGUGUAAGAUACUAUACACAGCCCUAAAACCUUGGGAAGAGGUCUUGAAUAACAUUCGUGGCACUCACUUCUGGUUGAUGAGAAAUGAGAUGGGAUUGUACAUAGAACACAGCGAAGAUUCUCGUCAUUUUCGAAAUCGACACAUAGAGCUAGUUCUACAAUGUGUGAAGGGAUUUCCAAGCCCGUGGCCAUAUAUACCCGAGCGACCCAUGACUCGCGGAAUCAACAGUCUCGAUAUCGCCACGCAGACGAUCUCUAGAUGGAUGAAAGUCUGCAAAUCGUCGCAUGCUUGCAGUCACGCCAUGACUUCUGCACUACUACCUAAACGAGUCUUAGAGAUCCAGGGUCCGGAUACAGUACGUCUUCACUUAUCUACAGCAAACGAGAUGGGGGCAUACUCCUGCCUCAGCCAUCGAUGGGGUGGCGUAGUGCCACUACGAUUGACCUCCUCAACCAUUGAAAGAUUCCAGACAGGAAUUCCAUGGCAUGAUAUGCCUGCCACCUUUCAGCAGGCCAUUCAAUUAAAUCUGAGACUUGCUAUCCGAUACUUGUGGAUCGACAGCUUGUGCAUCCUGCAGGAUGACCUUCAAGACUGGACGGAAGAAGGUAGCAAAAUGGCGACGAUAUAUUCAGGUGCAACCCUAACGAUAGCUGCAACGGCUUCCUUGGACAGUACAUGUGGCUUGUUUCGCUCAUUCGACUCGACUGGGGGUGAACACGAUGAAAGAUCUCCGAUUAUACACGGUAUUCACGACCAAACUGGUAUGCCCUUCAAGAUUCGCGUGAAGCCGGGAAGAGAGUUUGCUGCUGCAACUGAUAGGUCCUUACCGCUGCAGAGACGUGCUUGGUUCUUCCAGGAGUGGGUUCUAUCGCCGAGGAUCGUGCACUUCACCGACUCCAUGCUCUACUGGGAAUGCUCUGAGAUGCAAGAAGUGGAGGAUGGAUCCCUCAUGACCGAAAAAGAAGACUUCGCGAGAUGUAAGAAAAACGUCCUCAAGUCUUGGACUCAACCUGUGCCUGUCCAAUUAAGCUCUUUGAGCAGGGGACACAUACAAACCUUGGCUUGGCAUGGAAUUGCUCGCACCUACUCUUGCUUGGAUCUUACAUAUCCCACGGACGUAUUUCCUGCCUUACAAGGUGUAACUACGCGUAUGGCAGCCGAGCGUGAAUGUACCUUUUAUGCGGGUUUGUGGGAAGACAGCCUGGUGAUAGAUCUAUUAUGGCGUCUAGCAGAACCCAGUCGCCAGAUAGUUGAACAUCGCGCGCCAUCUUGGUCGUGGGUAUCCCAGGCUGGAGAAGUCAUAUGGCAGACUUGGCGAUGGCUUUUGCCGUCGACAGACUUCCAGACGUUUCUCAUCCCAGAAGUCUCUAUUAUCUCUGUAUCUGUGGAGACCGCCGACGGAAACCCUUUUGGACAAGUCUCAGGGGGGAUUUUGGUUCUCAGAGGACUAUGUUUACCCGCCAUGUUUGGGCCACAAAGGGACCAUUACGGUCGCCUCAUUUUCAGGGUUAAGAUUGACAACCUCAACGAACACGAAGACUUGCUAUCGACAGAUGAGACCAUGAGUACAUGGCAUAUCGAUACUGAGUAUAAGCCCGAGCCCGACGCUGAUAUUUUGGUCAUGUUGAUUGGAUUGUGGCCUACUCAGGUUUAUGGAAGAGUCUAUCACGAAAGCUGGUUCUUAGUAUUUGAACGUGUGAGCAAUGUGGACGACAUGUAUAGGAGCAUAGGUCUGUUCUGGACAGAGAGGCUUGUGUUUCGAGCACGCUUCCUGCGCGAAGCAAUCGAGCAAGAGCUCACCAUCAUCUGAAUUCUCAUGGAUCCAUACAAUCUCUUUUUAGUCCCUGUUCUAA